AUGAACACUCCACGUGUAUGGAUCGGAGGAUGGAGGCAGGUGGAGCAUCUAGAUCCAACGAAAGCGCAUACAGUUUACCAAGUUGAGGUCACUACAUCCUCUGGUAGUUAUACAAGAGUGGAGAGAAGGUAUUCAGCAUUCCUGUCCUUACACAAGGAUUGUCGGAAGUAUUAUUGCACUGAACCCUUUCCUCCUAAACGAAUCAGGAAUACAACUGCACGUGUACUGGAGUCUAGAAGAGCAGGACUAGAACACUAUAUUCAAUCUCUCGCCAAGUUACGCCCUACUCCACCUCAGCUCGCAGCAUUCCUCCAGCUACCCUCCCUCGGGGACUCGGAUCAGGCGGACUACCACGCCACUGUUAUUGGGUUCAUUAAAGAUCCAUAUCUUGAAGAUACGCCUCCUAUCCUAGAAGAUAUGAUUACGCAAGCGAGUGUAUGUGCCUUCUAUGAUAGUUAA